AUGACUAACCUCAGAGGACACAAGAUGUAUUGCGCAAUAAGGUUUGGAUUUGAAGACUCGAACAACAAGGCAGAGUAUGAAGCACUUCUAGCCAGAUUGCGGUUGGCCCAGGGUCUAAAGGUGAAGGGUGACCAUCAGGCAAGGGGUCCUAAGAUGGUCGCAUACCUAACAAGGGUAAAAGGCUAUCUAGUGCAAUUGGAGGGGUAUAACAUAGAGCAAAUCCCAAGUGAGAGGAAUACCCACGCCAAUGCCCUCACAAAGCUAGCAUCCACAAAGGAUGGAGAUAUACUCGAGUCUAUACCUUUGGAUUACUUAUCCAGGCCAAGCAUCACUCAAGCAGAGUGUUCAGAUGAUCAACAACCCAAAAGAAUUAUGGAUCGACCCAAAUAUGAAAUACCUAAGGAAUGGAGCUCUAUCGACAUACAAGAGAGAGGCUCAGAGUGUGUUGAUGAAGAGGAAGCAAUGAAAGUUUUGUAUGAAAUACAUGAGGGCAAAUGCAACAAUUAUGCAAGUGGGCCAUCUAAGACCAGGAAAUCCAUGAGGCAAGGGUGCUACUGGCCCUCUAUGGAGAAGGAUGCAAACUUGAUCAACGCCCUUCCCGUAAGAAGAGGAGGAGCCAAGUACGCAGUCGUAGCAGUAGAUUACUUCACCAAGUGGGUUGAAGAAGAACCUCUAAUAAAAAUAAUGGCCAAGAAGAUCACCACCUUUGUCAACAAAUCCAUUAUCUACAGGUAUGGAAUUCCCUAUAAAAUCAUUUCUGAUAACGACACCCAGUUUGAGGGGGACACGUUCGAGGAGUACUGUAAGGAGAAAGGAAUAAGGAGGAGCUUCUCAGAUGUUGUGCUUCGGCAAGCCAAUGGGAAAGUGGAGGCCAUUAAUAAAGUCCUAAAGAAGAACCUAAAAAUGAAGCUAGAGAAACUGAAGGGAGCCUGGGUCGAGGAGCUACCUUAUGUGCUUUGGACCUAUAAGAUCACGUUGCGCUCAACCACUGGUGAGACCCUUUUUGCCUUAGCAUAUGGAUGCGAGGCUGUCCUCCUGGUUGAGAUGAAGGUUAAAUCCUUCAGGAUACAGGCAUACGAGGACCAAGUCAACCAUGCGGCAAUAGCCAAAAACUUAGAUAUGUUAGAAGAAAGAAGGGAAAGGGCCCAACUAAGAGUGGCGGUAUACCAAUAA